AUUGCAACAGGGAAACUCGUUGAUUCUGCUUACCCUCCUCCCCCGCGUCCUUCUGAACAACACCUCAACAUUACUUUUUACUUAAACAGGAGGAUGAAGUUUGUAUUUGUGCUAUCGCUGAUGCUGUUUUACAGUUCAGCUCAGAGUGCUGAUCCAGGUGAGUACAUUGUACAGUUGUGAAGAGAGAAUUUAUCGUUGUUUAGUUAUUUUGCUUUCGCUGAUGAAAAAGAAAUCUUUUUUCAUUAGAACCACUAGAAUCUGGAACCUGCUUAUUACUAGACUUGACCUAGAUAAUUGGCUUUAGCUGUUGUGGUGUCCCUGCCCUAAUAUUUAAGUCAUUAUUAGUGUAUUGUUACGUUCUUAUUACUAGCUAGUGUUUGCAUAUCUACAGUGUUUUUUUUUUGCUUUGUUUUGUUUUGUUUUUUUUUUUGCUUUUUGUAUUCUUCAGGGCAAAGCUAAUAAAUAAAACAAAAUAAAUAAAAAUAAAUAAAUAUGAAAAGCCAAUGUAGAAAUCCUUUAUUUAUUUUCGUCACAGAGGAUGAACUCAGCCAUAUCCGCCUUUCGUCUCUGUGGUUUCUUAUUGUCGUCUUCUUCUUCGUUGUUCGCGCUAAAUUUCAAGCCACCGUUUACAUAAAUGUUGCUUGAAAACCAGAAAAAUGCACCAACAUAUAGAUGAAUGACGUCAAUCGGUGCUUAGUCGCGACAUCGUUGCUAGGCAACUCCGGAUACCAAACCGAUAGAAAGCUUUGUGACCAAAGCAAAAUCGCACUCGCUUGCGAUCCUCGCGCGAUCCCAGCGAGACAAUAUUAUAAACUCGCUUUCGCGAGGAAAAAAUUAAAUAAUGAAAUGAAUUAUUCCGAAAAUAUGCAUUGUUUAUUUCUGUUGCGGAAUAUUAUUGGUUUCCUGAAACCGAAAUAUUUUUUUCUGAAAGUUUAAUUUUUGCCCUUUUCAAUGAGGUAUCGCUCUAUAUGGAACUGUAAAUAACAGCAGAGAAUAAGUUUUUUAAAAGGUACAUGGUCAAUUUACUUAAAAAUAAGGACAACAGCUUUAGAGACAGAGCAGUGUCUUUUCAUUGCAGCUACCACUGUAUUCUUAAGACCAGAGGAACUUAUGAGGUUUGGUAUUUUGGCAAACAAGAAAAAUGCCCGUAAUAGCGAGGUGUCGGUAUUGUAGGAAAUGUGAUGUCUGUAAGGAAAUCCAUCUACGUGAUUUGGAUUAUUGUACAUGUGUCUUCUUUUAUCACCGUGUUAAAUUUCGAAGCAAGGAGUGAAACAUGAUUGCUUGAUAAAAGAUCAGCUCUGGCCGGAAAGAUUUAAAAGUCCAGUCAGCAAAGGCUUUCAUUAAUCGGAAACUGCUGUUGCUUUUUUUGGAAGUUUUCAGAAUCACCACAGUAGUAACACUUAAUAUUUGAAUUUGACAAAUUGUUUGUAUAUAUAUUCUUUACAAGGACACCUACACCACCAACAACGACAUCACCUGCAGGUCUGAAAACAUGGAAUUGGUUUUACAGACACAAUAUUGCACGCUGCCAAUUUAAGGACAUAAAACGUCGUCGAUUGCCGCUAGUAUAAAUUUAAAGUUUAUCAGAAACAUAUCCUUGUACUGCUUUAAAAGAACAAGCUUUAAUGAAAGGUCUUUCUCUGGUGCUCGCGGGGAGACCAGAGGGGUCAUUUUAGUAACCGCGUUUAAGUAAGCCCUUUGUUAUUGGACUGUAUUGGCCAUUGUUAAGGGGAUCAAAUACGCCCCCUUCCUACCCCACCCUCCGCCCCUUGAAAGAGUACUGUAUUUUACAAAAGAGGUUUUUUUUCUUUGGGGGCUCCUGGUUUCUCACUCCCCUAAAGCCAACAUGUACUUGUUACUUCAAGUGAUCUAAAUUGUCAUCUUCACUGUUCCUCUUUAGCAAUAGAUCCAUGUAGAAACUAUGCCAUUCUCGGCGGCUUUGACCGUAGUGUUGCAAAUAAGGAUCAAAAGAACUUGCGAUGUGACAAGGGGGACCUGAGUCCUUUGCCUGCCUGGUAUCGCUUCACUGGCGCAGCUGGAGACAGAAUGCCAACAUCCUGUGUACCAGAAAACCGUUGUGGUACUCAUGCUCCAGGUUGGUUAAAGGGUUCACACCCAUCAGUAAAGGAAGGCAUUGUCACUCGUCGAGUUUGUUAUCACUGGAUGUCAAAAUGUUGCAACUGGGAAAACGAUAUUCAGAUUAAAAACUGUGACGCUUUCUAUGUUUACCGAUUAGUAAAGCCUCCUGUGUGCCACCUGCGAUACUGCGGUAACAAUGCAGGUGAGCUGUUAAUGUUCGGUUUUGACCCUGUAACUGAACUUUAAAGUGAUCUUGAUCCUCGAUAACUAGACCCACUUAAUACAGAGUAACACCAAAUUGAAGAACAGGGCGAUGUGCUUGCAUUGUUUUUGUCCCUUAUAACUGAUUUGUAAAAAUCUUUGGAGCUUCAGGACUAGGACCUACCCAAGGAAAAUAAAUCGUAAAAAAUUGCAUUACUUCCGAUUGCCUCCAAGUUUGGCUAGACUGCUUUAACAAUAUUGAAUGCUUUAAGCCAGCUUGCUGUUAUAUCAUAAGGGCAGCCACAUAAGAAAAUGCGUGGCAUAAAAUUUUAAAAAAAUCUCGACGAGAUCUCUGUCAUCUCGGCGAGAUCUCGCUUAUCUCGCCUAGAGCUCGGCGAGAUCUCUGCGACAAUACAGAUCUCGCCGAGAUUGCCGGGUUGAGUCUGUAUUUUUUGUGCUCUCUUAUGGGGGUUCGCAUGUAUUUUUAUCGCGCAGACUAUACGCCUUUAUUUUUCUCCUGUCCGUCCACCCAAUCAGUUGACAUGGAGAAAACAGAAACUGGUGUUUAACUACCAAACAUCUGGCAAAACAUAAAACAUAAACAUAAAACUUUAUUUAAACUCGAAUUUCAGAGUAGCUAACAAGCUAAUAUCUUCGAGCUGACGCUACAUAAAAACUAUAUAGAAAAUAGAAAAUAUAUAUAUACAUUAAAUGCAAGGAAAGAAAAUAUCAUUUACAAUUCACAAUUUUAAGUUUAAGUAUGUCAGGCAAAAAGAAUCUACAUGAAGGUAACAUCCUGUAUUUUAGUCUUAACGUUUCUUCUUUAAGUUUUUUUUGUGGCAAUUUUCGUGAUCCACCUAUCGUGUUCAAAAACUAAAUCACCCUAGGUCAGAUUUGAUUUCAGGUAAUAUCCUGUAAGUUUGCGACUUUGCAUUUUUAAACCAGUGGAAAAAUAGUGGGAUUUAAGAAAUUCGUUUAGUUUGAUAUGUCAUCUGAAACUUUCGAAAAAGCAAAGAACGUAGAAAAAAGAACAUUGGGGACGAGACUCUUAAGUUCUCUAUUGAUUAAGGGAACACAAGUCUACGUGUAAAAUUACAAUCUGAUUUUAUAGGAUCACAGUGUGGUUCUGUGGUAAACAACACCUUGACAAGUCCCGGAUUUCCCACAAGGUACCCAAAUAACAUGGACUGUGUGUACAACGUUUCCAUUCCAUCCGGAAAGGCGCUGAAGAUCAGUUUUUCAACUUUUAUCCUGGAAUCAAGUGCUCGAUGCGGGUAAGUAAUUUAACAAUAGAUAGUUUUAGAGUCAAGUUUACGGCAAACGGAAAACGUCAGAUUCAAGUUGAGAAUACCUCAAAAUUAAAAAAAAAAAUAGCAGGUAAAAACAGCUCAAAGCAAUUUCUUGUGGAUAAAACUGGCGUGAAACAAUUCACUUUUUUUUAGAAGAAAUGAACAUUAAACAUAAAGAAAAGGGAAAACUAGGUCAUGUGGUACAGAUUCACUUUUACCGUUUACAAUAAAGUUAACGUGACUGAUGACAAACAAUUGAAAACCACUCAACUGACUCAGCUUUGGUAAGCGUAGACUGGGAACUUAACUUCAAGUGAUUACAUUUUUGCUGGUCAAAGCAUACUCACGAAUUCCGACGUUAGGCUUGUACGCUGCAAGUUUGCGGAUCUGUGAUAUUAGGCCUAGAAAUAAGGUAAAAUCAGGCUUCUAAAAACCCAGGCUGGCAGGUAAGUAUAUCCCGCCGGGAAAACUCCGGCCAAUGAGAAUAGCCCUCUAAUUUUAAAAUAAAGAUAGACCUAGCUUUAGAAACUGAUAACACGAAGAAGAAUGUAUAACACACUGAUACUCUUUAAUUCUUUAAAGAAUUAAAGAGUAUCUGCCAGUAAAUUAGCGGUCUGGUCGAUAUGGCGUGAAAAAUAGAUUUUGCUCAUUUCUUGUGCGUUGAAAGACUUUCAUGUACGUACCUGCAGUUAACGGCCCCAAUCCGCUAGAUUGUAUUAUUAAAACUCUCGAAUUUUUGAGACAAUUUUGGUUCACCCCAUCCAACGCUCGCGUUGCGUGGCUUAAUUCAAGGCUGAAAAUCAACAAAACUUUGAAUGUUGAUUUGGAAAGAAAUAGUAAUUAUUAGAUAAAAGAAAUAACACAAAAAGGCAUCAUAAUUCCUUUGACAUAACACAGCGUUUUCUGCCAACAUUAAGCACAAUUUAACGCCAUAGCAAGAUUUUAACGAUCCCCUUCCCGCACUGACAGAUCAAGUGGAGCCAAACCACCCCCCAAAUGGGGUUACAAAUGUGUCAUUUGCUCUCAGAAAAAAAAUUGAUGUAGAGUAAUAUAUAUAGAAACCAUGAUAUUUUGUGAAAGAUUACGUCCGAAAAAAAUAUAAUUUCUACGAUUUCUUCGAUUCUUUCUUCUCUGAAAAUACUGCCUAAACAGUGCAUUCAUUAGUCAUUGACCAGGUGACAGCUUUUACUUCAUCAGUACGGUAUUUCUGUUGUUUCGGCGCAGACGGCUCUCUCUCGAAAUGUUCCUAGCGGCAGAGAGCGAUGCGAGUCAGCUGUUUCGCGGCCUAAUGAACAAAAUUCAAACUAUUAUUUACAAAAUCGAAUGUUCGUUGCUGGUGCUCGUAGAUAGGCUCAAUAAAAGGUGUAGAUACUUCUCAUUGGCUAAACCGAGAUCUGACCAAUGAUAUGGUUUUCGAUCUGGAAAAUGCCAUAGCUCUUUUAAAAUCCAAAUUAAGAUUUCAAGCCUCAAGGCUUUUACGUGAGUUGAGAUGAGUGAGAUCCCUUUUACAGGCCUUUGUCAUCUGUAAGUAGGUCGAAAGCAAGAGAACAUAAAAGCCUCUUGUUGAACGUUAAUUGGCAUUUGUAGACUGCGACAAUUUAACUGCUCGGGAGUGACUCAAGUGCAACAUAAAAUGAAGGAAUUUGAUCGGCGGCUUGAUAUUCCACAGAAACGUUUGGAGCUUCCUUAACUCCACCAUAAAGCACGACUCGCAAUUAGUUGAGGCAGGAGAACAUAAAAGGCUUUUAUGUUCUCUUGGAGGUUAGGGUUAUUUCUAGGAAUUUAACUGCCCUUGGAAAGUAAAAAACAUUUUUUCGCUUGUAGGUGGGAUUAUUUGAGGAUUGUAGAUGAUGACAGCAGAAUACUUGGUACAUAUUGUGGGCGCGAACUUAGUGGAAAGGUAGUUUUGGUAAAUGGAAACUAUGCUUUAAUAACAUUCCACUCUACUUUUGGAGGAUACCCGGGAUUCCAGCUCACGAUAUUAUUUACUGAAAAUCAAAAUGGUAUGUUCCAAUAA